CUUAAGCAAUACAAGCUCCAAUGGACAACACAACAGAAGCGAAGUACGAUCUCAGCGAAACCGACGCCGUUAGAAACACUGCUAUGAUCAAUUCUUUUUGUGAGAUCACCUCCUCUUCCAAAGAAGAAGCCCUGUUCUUCCUAGAGAGUCAUCAAUUUAAUCUCGACUCUGCCGUCUCUACUUUCCUGGACAACUACGGUGGUAAUAAUCAUCUCGAUCCUUCCUUAACCUCUCUUCCAAUUGCUCCUCCCAAUCGCGCCGGUAACUCAUCCUCUCCUUCAACGCCGUCAGAGUCUCAGUCUCCUAAUUACUCUCCUUCGCAGUCUCCUUCACGCUCUCGUUCUCGCUCCCCUUCUCCAGCUCCUUCUCGAGCUCCGUAUCGGCUACGAUCGAGUGGGAAGAAACCGGCUAGGGCCGCUACCGGUGGUGAGAGUAGAAAGAGCGUGGGAAUCCGUACACUUUCUGAUCUGAAUCGGGAGCCUGAGGCGGGGUCGGGGAGUGACGAUGACGAUGAUGAUUAUGAACCACAGCAGUAUUACACUGGUGGCGAGAAAAGCGGAAUGCUAGUCCAAGACCCUACCAAGCAUUAUGAUGCAGAUGCUGUUUUCAAUCAAGCUAGAAAUUUAGGUGUGGAAAGACCUGUUGAUCACCUUCGAUCUUCGUCGAGUUCAAUAAGCUUCACUGGAACUGGGAGAUUACUCUCAGGUGAGACAGUUCCUUCUGCUCCUCAACCGCCUGAGCCUGUCCAUCACACCAUCACUCUUUGGAGGAAUGGUUUUACUGUGGAUGAUGGCCCUUUGCGAAGGUUUGAUGAUCCUGCUAAUGCAUCCUUCUUGGAGAGCAUCAAGAAGUCCGAGUGUCCCCUAGAGCUCGAGCCAGCAGAUAGGAGGACUCAGGUCCAUCUUGAUCUCAUAAGGCGGGAAGAAAAUUAUUCUGAACCAGAGAGACGCCAAACUCCAUUUCAAGGUGUUGGAAGAACUAUAGGUAGCAGCAGUGGCACCACUGCCCCAACUUCUCCCACUUCAUUGAAGGCAGCUCCAUUACCAGCAAUAGGUCUAGUUGUAGAUUCAUCAUCACCAACUACUUCAAUUCAGCUUAGGUUAGCAGAUGGCACCCGCAUGGUCUCACGCUUCAACUUGCACCAUACUAUCAGAGAUAUACGUGCCUUUAUUGAGGCAUCUAGACCAGUAGGUGGAAGAAACUACCAAUUGCUGACAAUGGGUUUCCCUCCUAAACAACUAACUGAUCCAGAGCAGACAAUAGAGGAGGCUGGUAUAGCAUCUUCUGUUGUUAUACAGAAGUUCUAAUAGAUUUAUGGUGGAAUAGCUACUCUCUUGGUCAAAUUCGUAAACACAUUAGGUUCUGUUUCCUUAAAUUAUUGGAGCCAGGGAAGUUUGACUCGAAUCGAGAGUUCAAAUUUGUUUUUUCCUUUAUUUUUCCUCUGCAGAGUCCAUGUUUUCCCGAAUAGUUAUAUAAACAAGAUUUUAUUUAAGCAGAGGGCUCUUUCAAAUCAACUGAUUUUGGAGGAAUGUAAAUAGAUGCUUGCUGUGAAGCAAGGCAAGAGAUUGUCCAAAAGGCUCUCGUUCCUCUUUUAUCAUUGUCAAAAAAUGUUUAUCUUUUCA